AGAAUGUGGUGCAUUGAAUUGCCCUCCUGGGGCACUUCUCAAUGCGAUGGGUGAGCUUCAAAGCAACUAUGAAAUGAUGGGAGGCACAUCGAUAUCCGGUAUAUUGGAGUCCAUGUAUACGGCUUAUCCGGCAAUGGCGGAUUCACGCAGAGGACCAGCAUAUAUAUACCAAGGUGCAGAUCAUGAUCGGUUGUUCUGCCCUGAUUGUAUACAUGAGAACGGCACAAAAGAUUGUGGUGGGUGCGAUCCUGAGAAGGAAAUCAAACGACCUGAACGACUGGACCAAGAUCCUUACAUCCACUAUGGCACUAUCGCUUCAGGUAAUAAGGUCAUCAAAGAUGCGAAGGUGCGUGAUUUGUUAGCAAAGAAGUGUCUUUGUUUUGAAAUGGAAGCUGCAGGAUUGAUGAACCAAUUUCCUUGUCUCGUCAUUCGUGGAAUCUGUGACUAUUGCGAUACCCAUAAAAAUGAUCGAUGGCAGAAGUAUGCUGCGGCUACUGCUGCUGCGUAUGCAAAAGAGCUUCUUCAGGUUACCGACGCUUCGGAUAUCCAAAACACACCAGAAGCUCGCAGUAUUGUUAUGGAUAACCUUUCGGAGAUCAAAACGAUGAUCAAGGGCCUUGCCCGGUCAAGUAGGAGAAUGCUUUGAGUUUACCUGAUGCAGAAAAGUUUCUGGAUAUUGCCUGCGAGCAAUUCAGCAGAGUCUACAUCUGCCUGGAUGCACUGGAUGAACUGCGGGAUCAAAG